AAGAUACACACUCUACUCCAUCACAUCAUAAUGCCUCAAUCAAAGGAAGUGCUCUCUUCAACAUCUGGAAGUGACUCUGACAGUGUAGUGGAGACCAAGGCAAAGAAAAAGAAGCCAAGUGUACAACAGAAACCAGCCAUGAAACCAAAGAGUGGAGAGAGCUCCAAGCCUGGGGGAUCAUCCAAGGCCAGUAAUAGUGACGACGACAUGUUCCAGAUUGGAAAGAUGAGAUACGUCAGCGUGAGGGACUUCAAAGGUAAAGUCCUGAUUGACAUCAUAGAGUACUGGAUGAACCAAGAUGGGGAAAUGAAGACGGGGAAGAAAGGCAUCUCCCUGAAUCCUAUACAAUGGAACCAGCUGAAGGACCAGAUUUCAGAAAUUGAUGAUGCCAUUAAGAGAAUAUAAGCAUUCCUUCUAGUGUUAUCUGAUCUGUUUUGUAAUGAGACUGGGGCUGUUUUCUAAUGGACUUGUUUAAUAAGUAGUUGUGUAGAUCCAGUGUUGUCUGCAUAUUCCUGUUUCUGUGUAAAACUUGUUUUUGAGCUGUUGUAGUGAAGUUAUUGGUGGAUGAGAAGAUGGUUUAUCAUUAAAGUUACUGACUUGGGUUCGUCAA